AGCAGAAGCUCCAAAUGAUCAUAUCCUAGAAGAGUUAGCUACUAAUUGCAAUCAAGCAGGAUAUGAACAUAUAUAUGGACCAUUUAUGAUGGAACUUUACGAGAAACAUAAAUUAUUUAUGAAUGUCAAUAGUGGUGUUGAUAGAAAAGUGUACAUUGACUGCAAAAAUCCAAAUUCUGUAAAAGUUGAGUGUAAAAUCCCCAAAGCACCUGUAAAGUUUCUAGAUUUUUCUGAGAAAAAAAUAUGUGAUAUAUCAUUUUCAAUGGAAUUUACAAUUGAAUCUCAGAAUGGUAAAGAGGGUCUAAUAUAUAGAGACGGUAAGUUAUUACUUGAUGUUCCUGAGGAGUUAAAAAACUACCAAGAUGGCGAUAAGAGUUUAUUUGAUAUUAUAAGAGAAUAUUUCGAAAAAUUUUGCAAAAUAUUAGGAUUUACGUUUGCAACAAAAAUGGACCACAACUUAGGAAAUGAAUUGAAAGUAGACAGUCAUGGCUAUCUGGAAAAUGUGGAACCUCCUGUCCGGAGCAAUAAUCAUGCUCAUG